AUGUGGCUUUGGCACAGCCUCUUCGCUUGGUUCGUGGUACUCGUUACACGAGCUGCAGCGAAUGGUAUUGAAGGCUACGGUCUCUCCUCAUAUGACCCCCUCUGCGCCGAAUCGUGCCUCCGGUCCCUGUCGUCCCUUUCGCUGUCUUGCAGUGAACAUGGCGGCGGCCAUGGACAUAUGAUGAUGGCCAUGGCAACCUCGCCAGCUUGUCGUGCUAACAACACUGCUUUCCUCGCAUCUACGGCUUGGUGCCUCAGCGUCAAAUGUGCCGACCAACACGUCUCCAAGCUCGAAGCGUAUUGGGAAAAAUGGGUUACGGGAAGUAAGGAGGUCGUUCCUAAGUGGACUUACUCUGAGUCUCUCGCCGAGGCAGAUCCUUGGCCACAAAGAUUACAGAUUGGGGAAAUAGACAUGUCACUCAAUGAGACCUCUGUCGUUAACCCAACCGCCUAUCUCAAGCAGUGGAAUGUGUUGGGUGGUGUCAAGCGUGAGAUUACUCUUGAAUCCACACACGGAAUUGUUCUGAUAGCCGUUGCCGUCGGCCUCCCAGUGUUCUUAUCCUGGCUACGAUACAUGCCCUUCAUGUCCGCCCUCUACGAUCGACUUAAACCAUACAUCCUGUAUCCGAGCACCGUCGGCACCUAUUAUGUGCGUCCGCUGCCUUUCCAAAUUGGAAACGCCCCAACUGUUGGCCAAGGAAUUUACAUUGCCAUAUUCAUCGUCCUCAACGCGGUUUUGACCGCCGUUGGCUACCGUACAGCUCAACCCAAUGGCUGGUUCACGAGCUCUUGGCAAGACCUUAUUGCCUACGUCCUGUAUCGAACAGGAGCCUUUGCCUUUACCCUUCUCCCCGUUCUGCUUGCGUUUUCGUCGAGGAAUAAUCUGUUGCUGUGGAUGACGAAUUGGUCACAUCCCACGUAUCUGUUGCUACAUCGCUGGGUGGGCCGGCUAUUCACCCUUUAUGCCGUGCUACAUUCAAUCUUUGGCCUGCUAGCCUACAGACAUUACGAGAAAACAGUAUGGUGGGCAUGGGGUGCUGCAGCUACUGUGUUCAGCGUCGUGCCCAGCGUCGGCAGUGGGUUCUUCUACCGGCCGUGGGAAAACCAUCCCUUCUCAAUCAUACCCACUGGACUGUUGCAGAACCGGGACGCGUCGUUGCCAAGUUCGCCGUUCCACGAUGGCGCUGGAGGGAAGGAUCUCGAGAGCACUCCGCAAAACACUGUCCGGCGGGUCUCUGCAAGCCCUGAUGAGAAGCGCAACUCGGGAGGUGUCACUCUUUUCGUCAAGAAGGCAAAGGGCAUUACAAGCUAUCUCCAGUCAGCCGAUAAUCUAUUGACCCUCGUCGAAGGUCCCUACGGUAACAACAACAAAGACCAUAUCUUACGAUGCGAUCGUGUACUUUUAAUCGGUGGAGGAAUCGGCAUUACCAGUCUUCUCCCUUGGAUAUUGGGUUACUGGAACGUCAAGCUCGCUUGGAGCGUCAAGGCAUCUGCUCAAUAUUUAGUCGACGAGCUUGAGCCAUGCAUCAACACGCUAGACCGGACUCAAAGAGAUAUCCGAGUCGGUAGCCGAUUUGACAUUUCUGCACUAAUUGAUGACGAGGUUGCUUUGGGCUGGAAGAGGAUCGGCGUAGUUGUGUCUGGACCAGGGCCGCUUUGCGAUGAUAUCAGAGCAAAGGUGGCGGCAGCAGGCAAGGCUAGCAAGACUAUAUUUGAGCAUAAGGUAGAUGCCUACUCUUGGUGA